GGGGGCCCCCGACUCUGCACAAGAGAGACUGGAGAAGGUUUGGAGACAAGAGGACUUUUGUCCCUUUUUGCAUCACCGGAUUUUGUCUCUUUUGGAGAAGAGAAAGAAAAAGGUAGGGGGCCAGAGACAAGCAGCAGCAGCAGCAGCAGCAGCAGAAGCAGCAGAAGUGCAACGGGUGCGCAAGCAGCAGCAGCAGCAGCAGCAGCAGCAGCAGCUGCUGCUGCGGGAGAAACAGCAGCGGCAAGUGCACAGGCAGCUUGAAAGGGAGGGGCUUGAGAAGGAGGCGGGCAGCGCAGCAGCAACACCAGCAGCAGCAGCAACAACAGCAGCAGCAACAGCAGCAGCAAGUGCAGCAGCCGCCAAGAGCUCGCCGGAGACGAAGACUGCUGGGUCCCUGUUGUCUAGAAAGCCCACAGAGGCAAAUCCUAGAAGACCAGCAGCAGCAGCAGCAGCAGAAGAGAAAAUUGGGCCGUCGCUGGACUCCUCAGCUGCACCAAGCGCUGCAACAGCAGCAGCAGCUUCCUUGGCCUUCUACAGACAAGACAAGGGAGCCUCCGCGGGCGCUGAGCGUUGCUGCCUAUCCAGCGAGCAGCAGCGCGUGGGGUGA